AUGGGUUGGUUCAGCGGUACGUCUGACAUGAUACUUAUCGUCCUUCCUUCUUGCAUUCUGGAAACUGACGUCGCUCUUCCAGACGACUCUGCCGAGGCCAAGGCCUACAACGAAUGGGACCAGGCUCCCCACAAGGCCGAACUGAGCCACGAGCUGAUUGCUGGCGCUGCUGCCUUUGAAGCCGCCAAGGCCUGGGAGAAGCACCAGGAGAAGGAGGGCAAACCCGAGAACCACGCCCUCGCCAAGGAGAUCAUUGCCGGCUUGGCUGGCGCCGCUGUCGACCGCCUCGUCGAGACCAAGGGCCUCGACUACCUCGAUCGUGAGAAGGCCAAGCACCACGCCAAGGAGCGCCUGGAGGAGCAGCUGGCUUCGGAAUACUGA